AGUUACACAGUUUAUUAUGUCUUUUGAUAUUUGAAAAAGACAAGAGACACUGCUUUGUUAUUGAUGAAAGUAUUUCUUAUUUUCUUUUACUUUAUACAAUCCGUGCCAUUGUCUGCAACAAAGAAGAUCGAUCUUCAUUGUAGAUGCAAUUCGUUUAAGUUAAAUAAUAAAAAAAAUAUACUCCCACUGAACUAGAUAACUAUCGAGAAUUAAGAUUAAUGGCUCAAAGGAAAUCAUGUAUAGAGAUGGAAUUCUCAUAUGCAGUUGUGGAAAGAAAGAAAUAAAGGAAUUGUGGCUUAGUUGUUGUUGUUUAGUUGCAGGUCUGCUCUAAUUGAAUAAACUUUAUUCAAAGAAUCCAGUUACUGAUCCCUGCUGCCAAUGUUGAAUUAUGGUUGAUUCUUUAUUCAAAAACUCAUAUAAAUCUUCUAUUGAGUUCAAUGACUGUGAUACAAAGAAAAACAUCAAAGACACUUCCAAAAGUAAACUUCUUGACUGUGAUAUCUGUGGAAAGUCUUUCUUCCGUCUGAAGAACUUAAAACAGCAUCGUAAAACACAUACAAAUGAGAGACGUUUCCACUGUGAUAUAUGUGGGAAAAAAUUUUUCACUAAUUCCCACUUGAAACGCCAUCAUAGAAUACAUACUGGAGAACGACCGUUCAAGUGUGCCAUCUGCAAAAAGGCCUUUACACAAAACAAUGACCUAAAAAGCCAUUUCCGCAUCCAUACUGGUGAAAAACCUUUCAAGUGUGAAAUCUGCAAUGAGUCUUUCAGUGAAAGUGGGUCACUACGAAAACAUAUAAAAAUUCACACUGGAGAAAAAUCCUUUGAGUGUAACAUUUGUGGACGUGGUUUUAUCCAAAGUAGUCAGUUAAGACAACAUAUUCUGACCCACACUGGUGAAAAGCCUUUCCAGUGUCAGAUCUGCUGCAGGAAUUUUGCUCAAAAUAGCGCUUUGAAAAGACACUAUAGGGUGCAUACAGGGGAGAAACCAUUUCAAUGUAGUUUUUGUCCUGAGUCUUUUACUCGGAGUUGUUUCUUGAAAAAACACUUAAUACAGCAUAAAGAAGCUAAAUCAUUUGAGUGUGAUAUAUGUCAGGAAAUUUUCAUGAGGGAAGAUGAUCUGUUGUCUCAUUGGGAAAUGCAUUUUGUUGAGAACACAUUUGAAACAGAAACUCAUCAAAAUACCUGUACUGAAAUGAUUUAUAUCAAUGAAGACAGCGAAAUUUAUCUUGAUAAAAAUCCUGUCCCUGUUGCUUUACAUAUAAAUACUUUUGCUUUUGAUAAUCUAAUUGGGUAUCACAAUAAAAUGAAAGAGGAUAAGACUUUUAACUGUGAUAUAUGUGGUAAGGGUUUUACUACCAAAGCACACCUCAAACGACACAACAUGAUUCACACAGGGGAAAAACCACAUGAGUGUUCUCUGUGUGAUAAGUCCUUUGCACAACGUAGUGAACUUAAAAGCCAUUACAGGACACAUACUGGUGAAAAGCCCUUCAAGUGUGAGAUCUGUGAAGAGUGUUUCAGUGAAAAGGGUUCAUUGGGAAAACACAUGAGGAUUCAUACAGGGGAGAAGUCAUUUAAAUGUAAUAUCUGUGGUCGAUGUUUUACCCAGAGUGGUCAUCUCCAUCAGCACAUUUUGAUUCACACUGGAGAAAAACCAUUCAAGUGCGAAACAUGUGGUAAGCCAUUUGCAAAAAAUAGUGCACUAAAAAGACAUUACACUGUACAUACUGGUGAGAAACCUUUCCCCUGUGAAGUGUGUGGGGAAGCCUUCAGUCAGAGUUGUCAUAUGAAAAAACACCUACUAAAACAUCACCUUAGCGAAAUGCUCCCAUAUUAUGGAAACAUGGCAACUCAAUAUUUGAGAAUAUCCAAGAUGGAGGAUCCACCAGAAUUACAAAUUAUUUUCAAAGCAGAUUCUUCAUUGGAAACUCAAUUCUUAAAAUCAACCAAAGUAGCCUCUGUGAAAAGGACCCAUGUCUGUGAUAUUUGUGAAAAGACAUUUUCCCAGAAGAAUACUCUAGUUUUGCACAUCAGGACACAUACGGGCGAUCGACCUUACCACUGCCAAGUAUGUGGUCGAGGUUUCUCAGCCAGCUGCUCCUUGAAAAAGCAUGUACGGAUUCACACAGGGGAAAAACCCUAUAAGUGCAAUGACUGUGGCAAAUGCUUUUCCCAAAAUAGUCACCUGAUCCUUCAUAUGAGGACACAUACGGGAGACAGGCCAUACCAGUGCAGCCUCUGUGAAAAACGGUUUUCCUACAGCAGUUCCUUCAAAAAACAUAUGCGAAUACAUACGGGUGAAAAGCCUUUCCGGUGUGAAGUUUGUCAAAAGAGUCUCUCCGACAACAGUGCCCUGAAACAGCAUAUCAAAACGCACACAGGUGAAAAACCAUACCAGUGCGAAGACUGUGGCAAGAGUUUCUCAUUGAGCAUUGACUUGAUCAGACACAUUCGCACCCACACCAAAGAAACUCCGUAUCACUGCGAGGUGUGUGCAAGGAGUUUCUCUGUCAACAGCAAUCUCAGGCAACAUAUGCGAACACACACAGGAGAGACGCCCUACCCCUGUGAUAUCUGUGGCAAGCGAUUUUCUCGAAACAGUACACUAGUCCGCCACAUCAAAACACAUACAGGUGACAGACCAUAUACUUGUGAAAUCUGCCAGAAGAAUUUCUCUCAGAAUAGCCAUCUUAUACGACACAUGAAAAUUCACAAGAUGCCAUUACUAGGUAGCAUUUACUGUGAUGUGUAACAACUGCAGCAGUGUUUCAAUGAACUGUUGUACUGAGCCCCAUGCUUCUUGGAGAGGCAGAAAUCAAUCUAUUUAUUUUGCUUAUCACACUUGAGUCACAUAAAUGCACUGGAGCUGCUGCAGUAGGUAAUGUAGAGCAUUGUUGUCUAAUUUUAUAUUAGAUUUAGUAACUUGUUUUUCUGCAUUGAGAUUGAAGCAACUCUGCCCUCUUUACGUAAUGCGUUGCCUUUUGUGUCUAGUCAGAUUAAUAUGUUGUUGUUAUUGUUAUUAAUAUUUUUGUUAUUGUUAAGGCAGUGAGUUGGCAGAAUCAUUAGCAUGCCAGGCAUGCUUUUCAUCCUUCUGGGGUCAAAAAAAUAAGCACCAGUUGAGCACUGAGGCUGAUGUUAUCGACUUACCUGUUCCUCACCAAACUUGCUGGCCUUGUGCCAAAAUUUGAAACCAAUAUUUUGUUAUUGUUGUUGAUAUUUACUUUAGAUCAGUCCUGAUGAGCAUUACUUAUUUAAUCCAUACUCACCAUGGCUUUUAUUAUCUUACACAGUGCAUGUAAGACAGCAUUACUCAAUAUGUCCUUCCAAUCAUUUUUCAAAGACAAAAGAGAGUGAUUUGAGGGAGAUUUUCUACUAUUUCUAACAGUCACGUGAAAGCUCCCUCAUUGUUUAUUAUUGUCAGGAAGAAAGUGGGUUGGCAUAAAUGUUAGAGCUGGAGACAAAAUACUUAGCAGCAUUUAUUCUGGUUCUUUGAGUUAAAACCCUGACAAGGCUUAAGAGAAUCAACUUAACCCUUCCUCUUAAAAUUGCUAGCUUAAUAUCUUAAUCAGAAAAACCAUUAUUUUUAUUAUUAUUAUCAUCAUCAGAGUGGUUGGUGUUAGGAAGGGUAUCCAGCCAUAGAAACCAUGCUAAAUCAGACUGGAACCAGUUAAACCAUCUAACCCAUGCCAGCAUGGAAAGCAGACAUUAAAUGAUGAUGAUGAUGGCAGUGAACUGGGGUCAAUAUCAACUUACUCACCCUUCAAAAUUGCUGACCUUGUGCCAGUGCUUGUGCCACAUAAAAAGCAAGAAGUCCACUUUGCUCAGUGGAAGGGCAUCCAGCUGUAAAAAUCCUGCCAAAACUGUCACA